GUCAUGGUUCAACCUGCAGUCGAUACCCAAGAUAAUGCCAAUACACUCAAAAUCCUUAUAGCCACUGACAAUCAUAUUGGUUAUUUGGAGGACGAUCCUGUUCGCGGUCAAGACACGUUCACGACUUUUGAAGAAAUCCUUAAACUAGCUCAAGAAUAUGAAGUGGAUUUUAUUCUACUAGGUGGCGAUCUAUUUCAUCAUAAUCGACCUUCACGCUCCUGCUUAUAUCAAACCAUGCGACUUUUAAGACAGUAUUGUAUGGGGGAUAGACCAAGUCAAAUCUGGAUCGCUAGUGAUCAAUCUGAACACUUUCACGAUGACUUUCCUACUGCCAAUUAUCUAGAUCCUAAUCUGAAUGUUAGUUAUCCAGUAUUCUCUAUUCAUGGUAACCACGAUGAUCCCAAUGGACCUGGCAAUUUAUGUGCAUUACAAUUAUUAUCAGUGACUGGUAUGAUGAAUUAUUUUGGACGAGCACACAAUAUACAAGAUGUAACGAUACAACCUAUAUUGAUGAAGAAAGGGACAACAAAACUAGCGCUCUAUGGACUUGGUAAUGUACGUGACGAACGACUUCAUCGAAUGUGGCGAGAUGGACAUGUACAAUUUAGUCGACCGGUGGAGGAUGAAUGGCUCGACAAUAGCUUCAAUCUCUUUGUAUUACAUCAAAAUCGAGUCAAACAUGGACCAACAAGUUAUAUCCCGGAACAAUUUUUGGAUGGAUUUUUGGAUUUGGUACUUUGGGGACAUGAACAUGAUUGUCGUAUUGAUCCUGAACAUUCUGGACAUGAUGGACCUUUGAUCACACAGCCUGGUUCAUCGGUGGCGACUAGUCUAUCAGAAGGCGAAUCUUUGGCAAAACAUGUUGGAUUACUACAAAUCAACGGGCAAGAUUAUACCCUGGACAAGAUACGAUUGACAACAGUACGACCUUUUCAAUUCACCACAGUGGCUCUCAAUCAAACAGAUGUACCCGUUAACGACACAAAGGCUUGUCAGAAAUACCUUCAAACAGUUGUGGAUAAUCUUAUCAUACGAGCAAAAGAGGAAUGGAUGGAACAACAAAGGGAACGACAAAGAUCAAAUGAUUCUCAAUUUUCUCAAGAUAAUACAACCAUGCCUUUACCAUUAAUUCGUGUACGUGUCGACUAUACUGGUGGUUAUGAAAUAUUCAAUCCUCAACAAUUUGGACAACAAUAUGCAAAUCGUGUGGCCAAUCCCAAAGAUAUGCUUAAAUUUCAACGUACGCGAACAACAACAACCUCGACAUCAACACGCAACAAACGAUCAGCAUCUGCUAUUUUGGAUGACGUAUCUGCAUCGAUUCCUGAACGGUUGGAUCAAAUUAAGGUGGAAGAUCUUGUCAACGAGUUCCUUAGUCGAGAUCUGGCCAUGUUACCCGAAAAUGAAUUGGAAGAUGCUGUCAAGAUGUUUGUGGAUAAGGACGAUAAGGAUGCUAUUCGGCGGUUUGUGAACAGCAGUGUGACGCAAAUGCAACAAAGUAUACCUUCAUCGACGGAUGUGGACGUACUUACAGAUGAAUAUAUACAACGACGAGCGACAGCAAGCAAAAACGCACGCAUGCAAUCGUUUGCUCGGAGUUAUGCUGGUAUCGUUCCCCGGGAACAACAGUCCAAUGGCAACAAUAGGAAUGAUCAGGCGGGUGAUACGAAUAUUGGAUCCACCAUUGACAGCAACAACGAUAUGACUGGAAGCCCAUCUCGACAACGAUUAGAAUUGGAUUCAACAAGCAGUAGAAUGAUGGACAAUAAUGAUGACGUUAUGAUGAUCACAGAAGAAAGAACACCAGAAGUACACAAACCUACAGCAACAUCUCGGCGUCGUACAACCACUAAACGAAAACAGCAAGCAGCACCUGUUCCAAAUAAUGAUGAUGCUGAUUUUAAUCCCAACCAUGAUGAUGAUGAUGAUGAUUUGGAAAAUAUAGUAUCAACAAGCAGAACUACUCGAAGAAUCAAUCGACCAACAAAACAAAUAAAAACACGCCAUACAGAACAACAUGAUAAAGAGGAAUCAACGUUACACGGAGGACAAGAGGACAAAGAUGGGACAAGAACCAAAGGAAAGUCAACAUCAAGGUACGCGACCAGGGUAACAUCCGACGAAAUACACCAAGAUAAUGGAACAAGAAAUCAAAACAAGGAAACUGAUGAUAAUGAUGAUGAGCCUUUAUUUGAAACAUAUCAUUUACCUACUCAGUCACAAUCAAGACGAAUUCUUCCUUCUUCACUCUCUUCUCGUAGUGGUAGAAAAUAGUUUUUUUUUUUUUUUUUUUUUUU